AUAUUAUUACUUUUGUUUUAGGACAGAAGCUGUUUGUAUCUACUUCAGUAAUUUUGCCGACAACCAAAGUCCAUUUGAGAUGUAUAGUCCCUCAGGAUCCAGUGCCUCAGUGUUUUUUCUCAGUGGGAACAUACACCCACCCUUCAUCAUCAUGCCAGCUGACCCUCACAGGAGAACAAAUGAAAGUCUGGGGACAUGUAAACCCACCUUCAGAGCUUCCAGUGGAAUGUUUCUACACUGUAAACCCGUCUGGUGUUAUUCUUCCCUCUGAUCUCUCUUCUCCUGUUUCAGUGUUUGUGCUGGAUCAUUUGCAGAAACCCAUGGUAAGCGUGGCCCAUGACCGAACUGACAUGCAGUUCGUCAUUGUUUGUGAAAUACCCAAGCAGUCCUGGAAUGUCACCGGAUGCCAGCUUUAUACUGGACAUGGGGAGAACUUUUACUUAACAGCUAAAAUACAGAGAGCAUCAUUCUGCCAUUUUUUCGUGGCCAAAAAUGAUUUAUUCAGACGUCUGCAGUCAGUGGGGAGCAGAGAGGUGAGCUGUGAUUAUACAGUGAACACAGAACCUUCAUCUUCAUCUCUCUCUCCACGCAGUGACCCACACACCAUUCAAGGUCAGUUUGCUCAAAAUAUUAUUAAUUUAUUAUUAAAUACAUACUAUAGACAUGACUCCUUAUGUCUGUCUGAUGUCUGUUUUAACACAUUCUGUUCUGUUGUUCUUGGCAGUUUUGUAAAACAAAAAAGCAAAAAUGUAAAAAUAGUGAAUCAGAGAUUAUCCUGCAUUUAUUGUGAAUUGAAAGUAUUUCUUGUAACAGGAUACCAGCCCCGGACCAAAAAUACUCCUUUAACAUCAUCAGAAGCAGGUUUAAGGUCUCAAUCUACUUCAGUUAACCUCAAAGCUGCCACAAGAGGUGAUGCACACACUGCCACAGUCUCUCCGGGUUCAACCCUUCACUUUACAUCAGAGACCACCAUGGAUGCUUCAGUCUCUCCGGGUUCAACCCUUUACCUUACUUCAAAGACCACCAUUGAUGCUUCAGAGUACACAGUGGAUGCUUCAGGUAAGUGAUACAUCCAUUAUCACACAAAGACACUAUAUGAUUAUCAUAUGUUAUUUAUUAGCACAGAAUAAACACAUACAUGAUCAGUUGUUAUGUCAUAUUCGAUGUACCAGAUUCUGCAAUGGCCAGAUUUCUAUUUACUGUAUGUAUGCUUGUAUGUAUAUUUAUGUGCUGUAUGUCAACUGCACUGAACAAUACUGUUGAUGAAAAAACAUUGGUCUGUUUUCAACUAAUUAUUUUCUCACAGCUCCAACACUAACCCCCUAUGCAGGUAAAGUCUCUAAGCAUGGUUUACCAGAUUCACACUUCUGUUUGUGUGACUGUCACAGCUAAAACUAAAUUUCACACAGGAAAAGUGGGUAACAGGACACAAUAAAUAACAAAGUUACUAUUACCAUAUAGUUUGUUGAUGAUUGUUAAUAGUGAAAAUGUAGCUUAUUGGUAUUACUAAAUAGUCUUCUUUUCAUUAUUUAACAUUUAUGUGUUUGCAUACGAACCAUUUCCUACUAUAAUAGCCCAGAGCAAC